GGCUUCCGUAAACCUUCCCUUCCGGUGCGGCCCCUUUUUUGGCUUUCUCGGGCGAGGCCAGGUCCGGCCUUUGUGCUGUUGGUUCUGCGCUGUGGGACCAGGCGGCUGCCGAUGAGCACGCCCCAGCGUUGAGCGCCUGGCGAUGGCGACGCCCUGGCGGAGAGCUCUGCUGAUGCUCCUGGCUUCCCAGGCCGUGGCCCUAGCCCAGGGUGCGGAGGACGACGACUAUGACGUACCAGAAGAGUGGUUCCUCCUGCACGUGGUCCACGGCCAGAUCGGGGCCGGGAACUACAGCUACCUGAGGCUCAACCACGAGGGCAGGAUCGUCCUGCGGAUGCGGAGCCUGAGCGGCGAUGCGGACCUGUACGUGUCAGAUAGUACCCUUCACCCAAGCUUUGAUGACUACAAGCUGCAGUCGGCCACCUGUGGCCAGGACUCCGUGGUCAUUCCCGCGCACUUUCAGCGCCCCGUGGGUAUAGGCAUUUACGGACACCCGUCCCACCAAGAGAGUGACUUCGAGAUGAAAGUGUACUAUGACCGGACGGUGGACCAGUACCCCCUGGGCAAUGCAUACUCUUCAGAUGGGGCAGACACUGGUCAGAAGCACGCCUAUGCUCCAGAGGAGGCAUCACAAGAGGAGGAGUCCGUUCUCUGGACUAUAGUAAUAAGCAUUUUGAAACUUGUACUUGAAAUUCUUUUCUGAUUCUUUGAGCAUGCUCUGGAGAGUAAUAGUACCCUUAAUCAGAGAAAGUGACUGCAGUGUGCUGUGAAUCUUGCUACGUUUAUCUGAUUGAAAUUCACUUUGUGGACAAGGGAUGGAAAAAUAAAGCCAUACGGUUUUGUUACCUCAAUUACCCCUACCCCCAAAAUAGGAAAAAGGAGCAAACAGUAUUUCUUUAAAGAUCAAAAUUCAUGUGAAGGCUAUGUUCAAUAAAAUGUUUAAACUACAUUCUGAUUAGUUUUUCAGGUUUAGUCAAGAUUAUUAUUGCAGUCAUAGAUUAAAAGGUUGAUGGGCCAGGGAUUUAGCUCAGUGGUGCCACCGCUAGCGCAAGGUCCUGAGUUUGAUACCCAGUACCCAAAAAAAAAAAAAAAGAAGGUUGAUAACUUUGUAAUUUUACUGCAGACAUUCUGAAAGUUCAACCUGUUAAAUUGUCAAGGGUUCCUACAAUCAGGUCAGAAAUGUCAUUUAUUUACACCUCCUACGGUACA